AUGUCUCGGCUCGUUCUUGGUCUCGUUGCCCUCACCGGCCUCAUAGGCACGGGCAGCGCGCAACGCAUCGACAACGGCACCAGCGACAGCGCCACCGUUAAAUGGCUCGGCAGCACUCCUUCUUACACCGCUGGCACAACUUUCGGUCUGCCUUGGGCCCGCGGCAAGUACUUUGCCAACUCAACCGAGUUCGCCCUCUCCGGCGGCGGCUUACUACAGACCUGGGUUACGGCCUACUGGUCCGACGGCUCCAUUAAAUGGACCGGGCACGCGAUUCCCGAGUCCGAUACGAUUCUGGACGAGUACACGGUCAGCGCAUCUUCGUCGUCCAACUCGACGGCGCGCUUCUCCCGCGUGAGACGGCAGCAAUUUAGUGGCCUGAUCGUCUCCGACUCGUCAGAUACUGUCAGCGUUGAUACCGGCAAACUCGCCAUCACUUUUCCCAGAUCGGGUAACGUCGUCGUUGGCGAGAUCAAGACUGCUUCUGGCAAGACCAUCGGCCAAAACGGGAAGCUUGUCUUGCAUUCUCAGUCCGGCGUGGAGGACCAGGCCGAGUUGAAGGGCCAAUCCGCCAUUAAUUACUUCAACUUUGAAAGCAACAUCGAGGAGGUUACCGUCAGCAAGGACAGCACAGCCCGUGCCCUUGUCACUGUCCGCGGUAAGCACUCGGUCCAGGGCGAGGGCAGCCACGAUGACUGGCUUCCUUUUAUCCUCCGCUUCUACCUCUACCACAACUCCGAGGCCGUCCGUAUCGUGCACACCGUCAUCUACGACGGCAAUGCCGAAGAAGACUUCAUCUCUGGGCUCGGCAUCCGCUUCGAGGUUCCCCUCGAGGGCGAGGAGCCGUACAACCGCCACGUCAGGAUCUCCGGCAUCGACGGGGGCCUCCUCAGCGAAGCUGUGCAGGGCGUCACCGGUCUCCGCAGAGACCCCGGUGUCGACGUUCGCAACGAUCAGUUCGAAGGCGUCGAGCUCGCCGACCCCGCGACCUGGGACCAGAGGGUCACGACCAGGCUCCAAUGGAUUCCAACCUGGAGUGACUUCAGCUUGACCCAGCUUUCCCCCGACGGCUUCACGUUGAAGAAGCGUACCAAGGCCGGCCAGAGUUGGGUCAAUAUCCCUGGCGGCACUCGCUCAGGCGGUCUUGCGUACCUCGGAGGUGCCACCAAGGGUGGUCUCGCCGUCGGCCUGCGCAACUUCUGGAAGCGUUACCCGACCGGCAUCGACAUCACCAACGCCGCCACAGACAAGGGCGAGAUCACAAUCUGGAUCUACAGCCCCUCGGCGCCCGCCCUGGAUCUCCGCCCCUACCACGACGGCCUCGGCCAGGACACCUACGCGGAGCAACUUGAUGCUCUUGAGAUCACCUACGAAGACUACGAGCCCGGCUUCAACAACCCCUACGGCGUCGCCCGAACCAACGAGAUCUUCCUCUACGGCUUCGACCAGACUCCUAACCGCACCCUCCUCGCCGACCUGACCGACCACACCAACAACCCGCCCGUCCUCUUUGGCGAGCCCGGAUACCUCGCCGAGACGAAGGCCAUCGGCAACUACUGGGCCCCUCCCGCCCCGUCGCCUACAGGCCUCGCCGCCGACAUCGAGAAGCACCUCGACUUCCUAUUCAAGUUCUACGAGGGCCAGGUCGAGCAGCGCAAGUGGUACGGCUUCUGGGACCACGGCGACUUCAUUCACGCCUACGACCCCGACAGGCACCAGUGGCGCUACGAUGUCGGCGGCUACGCCUGGGACAACUCGGAGCUCUCCCCCGACCUCUUCUUCUGGAACUACUUCCUCCGCACAGGCCGCGAGGACGUCUUCCGCUUCGCCGAGGCCCAGGUCCGCCACACCGGCGAGGUCGACGUCUACCACCUCGGCAAGUACAAGGGCCUCGGAACCCGCCAUGGCGUCCAGCACUGGGGCGACAGCGCGAAGCAGGCCCGCAUCUCGACCCCCCAGUACCGCAAGGUCUUCUUCUUCGUCACGGGCGGCGACGAGCGCACGGGCGAGCUGAUUGAGGAGAUCCUCGACACGGACAAGACCUACGGCGUCCUUGACCCCAACCGCAAAGUCCGCACCGACGGCUGGGUCCCGACUCCCAACGCCUCCGUCGCCGUCGGCCUCGGCACGGACUGGUCCUCCCUCGCCGCCUCCUGGCUCCUCGAGUGGGAGCGCCGCGGCUCCCGCUGGGAAGAGGCCCGCACGAAACUGACCAACACGGCCGCCAGCAUCGCCAAGCUCAAAAACGGCUUCGUCACGGGCUCCGGCCUCUACAACCUCGCCGACGGCACUCUCGGCCCCCCGCCCGCGGACCCGAACAACAACGGCACCGUCGCCGUCUCCCACCUGUCCGCCGUUUUCGGCCUCAUGGAGGUCAUCGCCGAGUUCAUCGAGCACGCCGGCGACGACGUGCCCGCGGGCUUCGAGCAGGCGUGGUACGACUACAGCUACUACUACAACGCCGGUGCCGCCGAGCAGACGGCGCGGUACGGCAAGGGAUUCGGGAACACGAGUCUCAAGCAGGGACACUCUCGUCUCACUGCCUACGCUGCCCACCGCACCAAGAAUGCCACUCUCGCGGCGCGCGCCUGGAACGAGUUCUUCAACACGGACGGACUGAAGCAGUCUGCUCCGUGGAGUACUGUGCACUUCAACGGCAGCGCUGUGUUGGCUCCCAUCGAUGAGGCUUCGUGGGUUGCUACGAAUGAUGCUGCUCUUUAUGGGCUGGCGGCGAUUAUUGACUUGGCUCUUGUUGGCGAAUACCUUGAAUAA